CAUCGCUGUGUUGUUGGAAAGCCACGGCUCUGAUAUCUCUCUACAGAGUCUUUUUGGCAAGGUGUUGGGUCGCCGCACUGACGUCUGGCGCCCGGAGCCAGAGCUCGGCCUGUUGCUGAGGCCUUUGUUCCCUGGGGCGAUAGAGAGAGGCGAGGGACCCAAGGGAAUGUGGAGAUGGAAGGCUCACUUUGCUUGCGGCGGGGGUGGUGGCUCACUAUUUUUGCCGCCUUCGGGAAGGAUUUGAAGCGACAAAGCCGAGAUAGAAGGCUUAGCCUUAUGGCUGCCAAUUAUUAACAACAACAAAAAUUUCCUGCUGUUGUUCAGAAUUUGGGACGAUUAUUUUUCAUUCAAGCUGGUACCUUAAUUGUCUUCUAGGUUAGGUUACGUUCAAGCAGAACUCUGGGCACUUGCUACACUAAAUGAAAAUGGUUCCUGCCCUCGAACACGGUAGGAUGCGUCACAUUAGCGAUAUGAAUACAGUGCUAAAACGGAGUGAUGCUGUUGAAUUCUAACUAGCAUGAAUUGGGGAGGCUUGGCAGAGAAGGUGCACAUUAAAGAUCCACAACCAUGACUGCCUCCAAAUACGUCACAACCAAUAAAAAAGGAGAAGUCUUUGAAUUAAAGGCUGAACUCAACAGUGAAAAGAAAGAAAAGAAGAAGGAGGCUGUGAAGAAAGUGAUUGCUGCUAUGACUGUGGGGAAAGAUGUUAGCUGUCUCUUUCCAGAUGUAGUGAAUUGUAUGCAGACUGACAACCUGGAACUAAAGAAGCUCGUGUAUCUCUACUUGAUGAACUAUGCCAAGAGUCAGCCAGACAUGGCCAUCAUGGCUGUCAACAGCUUUGUGAAGGUGGUGGGUAAUGCUGUAGCAGCAUUAUCUGAAAUCAGUGAAUCUCACCCAAACAGCAACUUACUCGAUCUGAAUCCACAGAACAUUAAUAAGCUACUGACAGCCCUGAAUGAGUGUACCGAACGGGGCCAGAUUUUCAUUCUGGACUGCCUGUCUAAUUACAACCCUAAAGAUGACCGGGAGACUCAGAGUAUCUGUGAGCGGGUAACUCCUUGGCUAUCUCACGCCAACUCAGCAGUGGUGCUUUCAGCAGUAAAAGUCCUAAUGAAAUUUCUAGAGUUGUUACCCAAGGACUCUGACUACUACAAUAUGCUGCUGAAGAAGUUGGCCCCUCCACUUGUCACUUUGCUGUCUGGGGAGCCAGAGGUGCAGUACGUCGCCCUGAGGAACAUCAACCUGAUCAUCCAGAAAAGGCCUGAAAUCUUGAAGCAGAUGAAAGUUUUCUUUGUGACGUACAAUGAUCCCAUCUAUGUAAAACUAGAGAAAUUGGACAUCAUGCUUCGUUUGGCAUCCCAAGCCAACAUUGCUCAGGUUCUGGCAGAACUGAAGGAAUAUGCCACAGAGGUGGAUGUCGACUUUGUGCGCAGAGCCGUGCAGGCCAUUGGACGGUGUGCCAUCAAGGUGGAGCAAUCUGCAGAGCGCUGUGUAAGCACAUUGCUUGAUCUCAUCCAAACCAAAGUAAAUUGCCGCAAAUACCCCAACAAAUAUGAAAGUAUCAUUGCCACUUUGUGUGAGAACUUAGACUCACUGGAUGAGCCAGACGCUCGAGCAGCUAUGAUUUGGAUUGUGGGAGAAUAUGCUGAAAGAAUUGACAAUGCAGAUGAGUUACUAGAGAGCUUCCUGGAAGGUUUUCAUGAUGAUAGCACCCAGGUACAGCUCACUCUGCUUACUGCCAUAGCGAAGCUGUUUCUCAAGAAACCAUCAGAAACGCAGGAGCUGGUACAGCAGGUCUUGAGUUUGGCAGCACAGGUCUGGCUGCCUGCAGUAAAGGCUAAGGGCCUGGAGAUUCUGGGAAUAUUUACUCACCGCCAAGGGCACAUCUAUAUGGAAAUGAACUUCACCAACAAAGCUCUGCAGCACAUGACAGACUUUGCAAUUCAGUUUAACAAGAAUAGCUUUGGUGUCAUCCCCAGCACUCCUCUGGACAUCCAUACACCACUGAUGCCAAACCAGAACAUUGAUGUCUCCCUGCCUCAACACCUUGGGCCCAGUCAUGAAGAUGGAGCCUCUGAACAACCUGCAGUAUCCUUUUGGAGUCUUUUGACUGUGUCAGUCUGAACAGACUUCCUUCAACACCUGGAACUGUCAUCCUGGGAUCUCCCUUCAUAAUAGCCCUGGAGAUUCAUUCCCUUCGCCUGUCUGGUAUGUUGGGUCUCCUAUUGUAUUUUUCUUUCCUUGGUUUACUCCUUCAUUUUGAUGAAAAACAUCCUCUAGUAGCUUCCUAAGAAUAAGUAUGUAGAGAAUAAAGUUUUUGAGACUUCA